AUGUUCGGGAACCAAUUCCUGCUCAUACAAGAUUACAGAUUUGUUUAAGAUAUCUAGCAAGUGGAGAUAGCAUGAGAUCUAUAGGAUAUGCCUUUCGAGUUGCUCCAAAUACUGUUUCACAUAUAGUUCAUGAAGUUUGCUCCGAAAUCUGGGAUAAGUUAAAAGAUAUAGUCUUGUCACUUCCAAGCAAAAAUGAAUGGAUAAAUAUUGCAAAAGAUUUUGAAAAAAUAUGGAAUUUUCCUCACUGUCUUGGAGCCAUAGAUGGGAAACAUAUUGUGAUAGAGGCACCCCCACAUAGCGGUUCCAUUUAUUACAAUUAUAAAAAAGAUCACAGUUUAAAUCUUACUGCAGUUGCAGAUGCAAAUUAUAGAUUUAUUUUAGUAGAUGUAGGAGCAGAAGGUCGUCGUAGUGAUGCUGGAGUGUUUGCUAAUAGUGCAAUUAAAUCAAGACUAGAAGCUAACACAUUGAAUGUUCCUGAACCUUCAACUUUUGGUCAAUAUAAAUUGCCGUUCGUGUUACUAGGCGAUGAAGCAUAUCCACUAUCUCCAUAUCUAAUGCGUCCUUAUGCAAGAAGUUCCCAACUUGAUUUAAGAAAAAAAGUAUAUAAUUAUCGACAUAGUAGAGCAAGACGCGUGGUCGAAAGUGCUUUUGGCAUACUUGCAGCGAGAUGGCGAAUUUUUCGGAGGCCUAUUAAUACAUACGUCUCAAAAGUUGAGAAGAUGGUACUUGCCACUAUUUGCUUACACAACUACAUCAUAAGUAAAGAACUUGAAAAACGCCCUCAAGAAAGACGUUAUUUAAUGUAUAAUAGCGAUAGACAGUGUACAUCGCUUGGAAUGAGAAAUCUGUCAAAUUAUAAUAUGAAUAAUCUUAUUUCAAGUAGUUUAUCCAAUGAAUAUAGAGAAAGAUUUACGAAUUAUUUUGUUAAUGAAGGUGCUGUGGAAUGGCAAUGGGAGAAAGCAGCGAAUAAUGAGUUUUAAGCAAAA